AUGACGGAGGACAUGAAUCCGGUGUCCUUGGACAUGCCGAUUUUCGGCGAUGCUGCAUGGGAGGAGAGGCAUGCGUCUUCGGCGGCCGGCAGCAGCUCAGCAUGCCCUGCACCGGCAGUGGCACCGACGCAGAUGGAUCCCACGCAGAUGGACAUGGACAGUUCACAGGAGACGAGCCUGAACCCGGAGCCACCAGCACUGGGAGGAGCUGUCUUCGAGACUCCACCCCGAAGUCGCCAGCUCUCGGUCGCUGAGAUGACCACUGAGGCGCAGGACACGAUCCCUGCUGUUUUCGAGACGCCACCCCGGACUCGCCAGCUCUCGCUGGAGGAGCUGCAAACCCCUGAGGGGAAAGUUCGUCUUCGCGAGACCCCGGAGUCGGGGGAUGCGAGGAGCAGCGAGAUCAGAGGAGUGCUGAGAGCCUUGGCCGUGACUUCGUCGCCGGCGGCUUCCCCUGUUGCGUGCACGGACCCAUACCUGCAUGCAGGUAUCACGGCUGAGGCUUCCGUGGACGACCAGUCGGCGGAGAUCCCUGUCGAACAGUUCCAGGACAAAGCCAUCCACACUCUGUCUGAGCUACCGGAUGAAACAGGCCACCUCCUAGCUCUGGUCUACCAGCUGUGCCUAUGCGAGACUGAACAGAAGGGCGUGCUGCUGAAGAAAGGCGUGCUGUCAUCCAUAGUGGAGAACAUCAUCCUUGGCUACAAGAACCACUUCGAUCGUGCCCGGCUGGACAACAACAGGCUCAAGUUGAAUGAGUGGAUGCGGAAACGGUGGCCUGUUUCAUCCGGUAGCUCAGACAGAGUGUGGAUGGCUUUGUGGAGCAUCCUUCUUUUUUGCACUCCUCCUGCAGAUCUCGAGACGUGGGCCACCCGCUUCCAGCAGCUGUCCCGCACCGACCGUGCUGCGAAGAUCUGGGACUCCUUGAACCACCACAUCUGUGAGCUUCUGGGAAGCAACCGUUUCUGCAGCCUCAGCAACAAGUUGGACGAGGCAGCACAAAGCCUCGUGGCCUGGGCGAACGCAACGGAUUCGCCGGGCCUUGGAUUCGUGCAUGUCCUGAUCUUUGACCGCUACAUCAAGGUGGGCAAAACAAGCGUCCUUCUCCAAAGCAAAAGCGGGCAACGUGAGCCCAAUCUGAUUCCUAGACUCCGGAACUACAUGAUCCAUGCGCGCCUCCAGAACGCCACUCUCGUGUAUGCUCCCAUUGUCCUGGUGGCGACGAGUCCUUACAAAUCGGAUCUGGUGGAGAGCUUUAUCAUGCUUUAUCCACCUGAGACUUACUCGGUCGAGGCCUUGCAUAUUGUGAUGAACAGUGUCAAGUUCGCAGCAACACGGACAGUGCAGCAGCUUCUGUCCGGCAAGAACAGCUUGGUUCAAUUGCGCUACCUGCAAAGCCGCGGCCGGCCGAUCGCGAAAGAGGAGCUCAAUGACAGCCUGAGGAUUCUCUUCUUUUUCGUCUACAACGCCGAGCCCGACAAGCAGAUCCACCUCUACCUCCACCAGUGCCUAGACGUGGUUCGUGUUUAUUAG